AUGGGUAGUAGAUCGAAGGUAAAAAGUGAUAGUAGCCAAAGCAUUGGUUCAAUGGUUCUUGGAUAUGAGGCAUUAAAUAAACUUACACCAGAUAUAUAUUUUGAUACAAUGGGUUAUGCAUUUACAUAUCCAAUUGCAAAAAAAUUAUUUGGAUGUAAAGUUUUGGCCUAUGUACAUUAUCCAACUAUAAGUUCAGACAUGCUUGCUAAGGUACAAGAAAGAAUACUUGGAUUUAAUAAUGAUAAAAUAAUAGCUAAAAGUAGAUUAUUUAGUGAGGCAAAAUUAUUAUAUUAUAAAAUUUUUGCAUAUCUUUAUUCAUUAUCUGGUUCAUAUGCAGAUAUAGUUAUGGUCAAUUCCACUUGGACAAAAGGUCACAUAGAUCAACUUUGGGGCAUUAAUAGCAAUAUAGUUUAUCCACCAUGUGAUACAGAUUCUUUAUCUAAAUUACCUUUGGAUGGAAGAGAAAGAAUUAUAGUUAGUGUUGCACAAUUUAGACCAGAAAAAGAUCAUGAACUUCAGUUAAAAUCAUUGCAUUGUUUACUAAGAGAUCAUCAAGAUUUUCGUGAAGGUUCAGGAAAAGUAAAGCUUGUAUUAAUUGGUAGCAGUCGUGAUUUAGCUGAUGAAUCAAGAAUAGAAGCAUUAAAGGAAAAGGAAAAUGUUAAAUUUGAGGUGAAUGCCGAUUUCAAUACACUUGUGGAUUGGUUGUCAAAAGCUAAAGUUGGACUACAUACAAUGUGGAAUGAACAUUUUGGAAUUGGUAUUGUUGAAUAUAUGGCUGCUGGAAUCAUACCCAUUGCACAUAAUUCAGGUGGCCCUAAGAUGGAUAUUGUCAUUCCAUAUAAUGAUAAAACAACAGGUGGAUUUCUUGCAAAUAAUGAAGAAAAUUUUGCAAAAGAGCUUUACAAAGUAUUUUCUUUAUCAGGGUUUGAAUAUAACAAUAUACAAAUUAAUGCUAGAGAAUGUGCUGUAAAAAAAUUUUCUGAACAAAUAUUUGAAAACUCAAUUUUAACUAUAUUGAAACCUAUCUUGGACCACUGA